AUGCUCCAACAAACCGUUUACGAAUCUGGCAACCCUUUGCGGAGACCUUCUUGUGGCUCGAUUUCCUUCAACGUAGACUCGUUUGAACACUACUACACGUCCCAAAAGCACUCCAAUAAACUGUUUACGAAUCCGUCCACCCUUCCUGGAGGACCUUCCUGUGGCUCAAUUUCUUUCAAUGUAGACUUAUUUGGAUACCAAUAUAUAUCCCAAAAACACUCCAACAAACCAUUUAUAAAUCCCUUAACCCUUUGUGGAGGUUUCAUAUUUAUUUUUUGCCCUUAUGCCAACUUCUGCUCAGGACCUCCCUGUGGCUUGAUCUGCUUCAUUGUAGACUUGUAUGGAUACUACUAUAUGCUCAGAAAAUGCUCCAACAAACUAUUUAUGAAUUGCACAAUCUCUUUUAGUGGUAGUUGGCUGUUGUUCUUGCUUGUUACAAGUCCUCUGAGUUUAUGA